CUCUCUCUCUCUCUAUUUAUGUGUGAAAUUGUGUAAAAUUAUAACACACUAGGGGAGUUGAAAGGGUCACCUAAUCCAAUGCUCAUUGCUUUAUUUGCACAUUAUUCUCUGAGAACUCACAAAUACACAUAAUACAAAGACAGAUAUUAAGCUGCCGAAUUUAACUCAUUGGGGGCUCUCUAAAUGAUUUAAUCUUGAAGCCUUUGAUGCACUGUUUCCUCCUUGAAUCACACAUUUUCGCUUCUGGGUCUACAAGAUGGCGACUUCAGAAAUAUCUCUGGUAGACUUAGAAUGCGGCGGUGGCGGUGGCGGCGGAGGAGGAGACGGCGGCGAGGAGGAGGAGGGUAACGUUUUUUUCUCCGACGCCGAUGAGGGCUCUUGUUACUCUCAGUUUUACUUCACGGUUGAUGGGGAUGGCUCUUAUGAUGAUUACAGCAUUGCCUGUGGCUCUGAGUGCGGUGAGAUUUUGGAAGACGAGGUUUUGGAUUCUAGGAGGGCUUCAUCAGUGGCCGAUUCUGAUUCUUCUGAUUGUUCAGUGGAUAUAGAAAAUGGUGGGAUUGGAGAAAUUAAGGUGCAUUUCGAGAAGGUUGAGAGAGAUUGUAGGAUUUGCCAUUUGAGUUUAGUGAGCAGUAGCCCUGAAUCUGGUGUUGCCAUUGAGUUGGGGUGUUCUUGUAAGGAUGAUUUGGCUGCUGCUCAUAAGCAUUGUGCAGAGACUUGGUUCAAAAUUAAAGGGAACAAAUACCAAAGUUUAGUGAAAAGGAAAGGUAAAGAAGUUUGUGUUGUUAUUGAGGUGAUAGCAAAAGAACUUGCGAAAUAUGCAAUUCAAUUGCAUGCAACGUUGUUGGCCCAAAUAAUACUGAGGGAGCACAGCAAACAAAUGAAACCAAUGCGGUUGGAACAAAUACAUUAUCAACUCCAGCAUCCCUUGCUACCGGCAGUCGAAGUUGCUUAAAUGGUCAUCGGCUUUUGAAUUUUCUUCU